AACCGGCGCGAGCAGAGCGGCGCGGCGAGUCAUGGCGACCGCAGCCUCCAACCACUACAGCCUGCUCGCCUCCGGCUCGCCCAUGGUGCACGCCGAGCCGCCCGGCGGCAUGCAGCCCGGCGGCGGCUACCGCGACGCGGGCGCGCUGGUGCAGGCGGACUACGCGCUGCAGAGCAACGGGCACCCGCUGAGCCACGCUCACCAGUGGAUCGCCGCGCUGUCCCACGGCGGCCCCGGCGGCGGCGGCGGAGGAGGGGGCGGCGGCGGCGGAGGGGGCGGCGGCGGCGGCGAGGCGCCCUGGGCGGCGGCGGGCGCGCUGGGCCCGCCCGACAUCAAGCCGGCCGCGGUGCAGGCGGCCCCGCGCGGCGACGAGCUGCCGCCGCCGCAGCACCCGCCGCCGCCGGGCCGAGCGCCGCACCUGGUGCACCACGGCGGCGGCGGCGGCGGGCACCACGCGGCGUGGCGGGCGGGCGGCGCGGCGCACCUGCCGCCGGGCAUGGCCGCGGCCAACGGCGCGGCGCAGGCGGGGCUGCUGUACCCGCAGCCGCCCGGCUUCACCGUCAACGGCAUGCUGGGCGCCGCGCAGCCCGCCCUGCACCACCACGGCCUGCGCGACGCCCACGACGAGGCUCCCGGGCCGCCCGCGCCGCCGCACCACGGCGCCGAGCACCCGCACGGGCCGCACCCCGCGGGCGGAGGAGGGCCGGGGGGCGGCGGAGCGGCGGCGGCGGGAGGGCCGCACCACGAGGCGCACUCGGACGAGGACACGCCGACCUCGGACGACCUGGAGCAGUUCGCCAAGCAGUUCAAGCAGCGGCGGAUAAAGCUGGGAUUUACCCAAGCGGACGUGGGGCUGGCGCUGGGCACGCUGUACGGCAACGUCUUCUCGCAGACCACCAUCUGCCGCUUCGAGGCCCUGCAGCUCAGCUUCAAGAACAUGUGCAAGCUGAAGCCUUUGUUGAACAAGUGGUUGGAGGAGGCGGACUCCUCCUCGGGCAGCCCCACCAGCAUAGACAAGAUCGCGGCGCAGGGCCGCAAGCGGAAAAAGCGCACCUCCAUCGAGGUGAGCGUCAAGGGCGCGCUGGAGAGCCACUUCCUCAAGUGCCCCAAGCCCUCGGCGCAGGAGAUCACCUCGCUGGCGGACAGCCUUCAGCUGGAGAAGGAGGUGGUGAGAGUGUGGUUUUGUAACAGGAGACAGAAGGAGAAGCGCAUGACGCCGCCCGGGGGGACGCUGCCGGGCGCCGAGGACGUGUACGGGCCCAGCAGGGACACGCCGCCGCACCACGGGGUGCAGACCCCCGUGCAGUGACCUGGGCGCCCUCCCCCCCCGCCCCCCCGCUCCUCCUCCUUCCCCCGCCUUUCCGGCGUCCUCCUUUCGGUGUUGGGGUUGUUUUUUGGUUUUUUUUUUUCUUUGUUUUUAAUUUUCUCCUCUCUUUCAAAAAAAAAAAAAAGAAAAAAAAAAUCGAGCAAAAAAAAAAAAAAAGAAAGAAAGAAAAAUAGGGGAAAAAAAAUUAACAAAACAAACAAACAAACAAAAGCGAGCAGAAAAGCGAACGCGAAGCCAAGCAGGCAGAAAGCUCCGGUCGGGCGGCGGGUGCGGGCUGCGGCCGGGCCUUGCGGAGUGAGUACCGCGCCGGGCCGGGCCGGGGGCGGCGGUGCGGGCGGACGCGCGGCUGCGGGCAUCCGCCCGUCGGGAUGCGAGCAGGGAGAGGAAGGAGCCCUCGUCCCAGGCAGUAUUGAGGCGUAGUCAUUUGCGCUGCGAGGAUAUCGAAGUUUACAGAAAUUCGGCGGGUUUCUUGCCCUCUUGACCCGAUGCGGGGGAUGAGGAGCGCGUAUAGCGGUGUGUGUGUGUGCCGUAGGCGCGCACGCAGGCACACGUAUGUAGGAUGUGCACACGGCCGUGCGGCAGAGCGGCUCCGGGCCGCCCGCGGGGGCAGCGAGAGCGGGGCGAAGGGACGGAGCAAACUUCGUUUUCCGGCAGUGCGCGGCCGCGGAAGGGACCGCGGCCCCGGCGAGGGGCUGCGGGGCCGGGAGGGAACACCUCGCGCUCCAGGGGCCGCCCCGAGAGAAGCACGGGGACGUUCGGCCCCCCCCCUCGCCCCGGCCACAGCCCUUCCCCUCGCGCCCCCCCCCCGCCCUCGGCCCCCCCGGAGCGGCUCUGCUCGCAGCCCGCGCUCCCUUCACCUUUGCUUCCCGUAUUUAUUAUUUUUUCCUCCCCCCCCCCCCCCCCCACCCCACUCCCCCCACCCCCGGUCGGUUCGCAGCGUCAUGUACGGAACGAAAGGAGCAGCUCCGCUCGGGCAGCCCUGUGUCUUUCACGGGGGGAGGGGGGGGGGGGGGGGGGAAGGGUGAAAUGAAGUGGAAAAAAUGCCACUUUCAAUUCGCCUCCCCCCCCCUCCCCCCCACACCUCACCCCGGUAACAGUUUUAAAGUGCGUUUCGUGGCAUUAUCCUGAUGGGAAACGGUUAACUUCCAAAAAGAGAGAGAGAGAGAGAGAGAGGAGCCCGGGGGGACACAGCGCACGACACAAAGCUCGGAGGAGAGGCGCGGAGCGGGCUGGGAGCAGCGCCGUGUGUGUGCCGCGCACCGCCAUCCAUAGACACGAGGGGAACUCUAAACUCCGACAGCGGUGGUUUCGAAGCGAUGCACGCGGAAGCCUUUUUCCCACUUUCCCAGCGAUGGUCGCAGAGAGGCGGGCAGCGAGCUUCGCUCUCCCCUUUCCUUCUCCUUUGGCCGUAGCGAGCUGCUGCUUAUCUAUCGUGCUGGGGGACCGCUGACUCCGAGCAGAGCAGGGCCGGCCCGUGGCGCGGGGAGGACCCAACUUUCAGACCCACCGAUCCGUGCGUAAGGUCAGAGAACGGCAGCCGGGGCCGUUUGGGAAAAGCCCCAAACUCCACGUAGGGUUUACUUACAGAAACAAACAAACAAAAAGACAAAAAGUUACCACGCAAACCUUACCGCUCUGUAUAUAUGUUUAAUAUUUGUCCUUUGAAAUGCAGAAAUAGUUUCGAUGUUUUCUUUGUCUAUUUUUCUUUUUUUUUUUUUUUCUUUUUUUUUUUUAAAUGCUACCCAGGGAAAUAUUUUCAUAUCAUUUUUAAGUGGCCUGCCUCAAUGUAUAUUUAUUUCUUGGAAAGCGAACAGGUUCUGGAAACUGUUUUUCUGUAGCUUUAAAUGAGUAGGUGAACAAAUCUAUAUGGGAUGUAAUUUUUUUUUCUUUUUUUUUUUCUUUUUUUUUUUUUUGGUUCGGUCUCUUUACAAACACUUUGUUUUGGUACAUUUGGAUGUGCUUGUGGGGAAAAAAAUAAAAACGCAGAGAUCCUUAUAUAUUUAUGUUAAAGUAAUAUUUUAUUAUCUACAUAAAACAGAAAUGCACAAUA